UAAGAGUGGCUCCCCUUACGCCAGCCCAGUGUGUUUCAGCAAGCCGGCAACAAUUAGAUGCGGACAGGCUACUAUUUUAACCGUGCGAUACUUCAGCCAGCCGUGUCGCGGCCUUGUGUUAGAUGCGGCAGGGAGCAGCCCGACAGGCUGUGACGGACGUGUGUAGCCCGAUGGUUGCGUGUUGAGGAUGCUGGUUCUAACAACAAUGACUAGUGGAUACUCAGCUCAGUGUGUCGUGCGAAGAUUUCACGUGUGUGUAGCGCUAGUUCUUUCACGCUGUGCUACCUACUUGGAUGUACGAUGCAUGUGAAGGCUGACUACGUCCCUCUAUACCUCAUUGGUGACCAUCACUGAUCCAGAAUGAGGCUGGCUUUUCAACAGAGGCUAACGCGUUUUCUAGGGACCCGAGGUGAAGCAGCGCUGGGCGUAAGUCAGCUGUUCAGGAGCAAGGCAAGGGUGCUCACUCUGCUUCUAGUGCUGCUUCUGUUCACCUAUGCAGGUUUUCAACUCCUGUACAUGCCAGUAGACAUGAACAUAUGCCAGAAAACGCCCAGAUUAAAAGAGACGAGUCAGGCAGAAGAAGACAACAUCACCAUUGUUACAAUGUAUCUCAACAUCGGCACCUACAAGAAAACCUCCUUUUUAUUCUUCUCCAAAGAGUGGUUUGGCACCAGCCACUACAGGGACUGGCUCUUUUCCUGGGGCAAACUCAACAACAGAGUCAUAGCAUUUUUUGAUGACGAGGAGUUUAUUCAUCAGUUUAGGUUGAGGCGAGCCCAUCUACCAGAAGACUACACCAAAAUUGUCAAGAUCAACCGUCAAGAUCUGUCAGCCUUCAAGUAUCAGGAGCGGGUGAGAGAGAUCACUGCCCAGCCCAGCUUCACCGUCUCCUACCCACCUGAGUACACCUGCACUAUGGACGCCAAGUAUGAUGCUCUACAGAUGGCGCUUGAGAUGGAGGACAUCAAGACAAACUAUUUGGCCUGGAUGGACAUUGGUCUCUUUAGAAAGAUCCAGUUGGAAGACCCGCCAUUCUUGUUGAAAGUUCCAGCAGAUUUCAACUCCUCCAAAGUUGGUUUUUCUCAAGUCUCGCCCUACAAGUCCAUCUCAGACCUGACUCCAGAGGAGAUUUAUCAGCGCAAUCUGGUCUGGGUGGCGGGUGGAUUUGUUCUAGGGACAAAGAAGGUACUGUCUGAGUUUAUCAGCGCCUACAAGACGACCGUCCAGACACUACUGGGGCGGGGCCUGGCCGACACUGACCAGCAGGUCGUCGCCUCCAUGUACUCCUCCAAACUGGCCUGGCAGCAGAAGGUCCAGAUCAUGACCUACGCCUGUCCCAGGGGCUCCUUCAACUUGUUUGGCUACGCCUACCUGUACUUCUGCCUGCCUUACAUCUGUAGGGCCACCAGCCAGUGUCGGUCUCAGCAGCUCCACACUUUCAAGUACCUGCCCACACCCUGACACCACCCACACCCUGACACCACCCACACCCUGACACCACCCACACAUUGACACCACCCACACC